CCCGCAUCCCUCCAUCUCUCCAUCCCCCUCAUCCUUCCAUCGCAUCCCGCAUCCCUCCACCCCGUAUCCCAACACUCCGCCCCCUCCCAAAAUCCCGUCCCCACCUCCCGCAGCCCAAUCAGGGCCGCUCGGAGGAAUUCAAACCCCGGCCCCGCAAGCGGCGGCUCCGCUCCCGCGGCCGGGGGGGAAAAAAGGCUGCGCUGGGGAGGCACCGGGAUCGGGAUCAGGAUUGGGAUCGGGACCGGGAACAGGAGCGGGGCCGGUCCGGAUGGGCGCGGGGAGUGGCGGGGCGGGCGCGGCCCCCGCCCGCCGCCCGGAGCGCAGCCCAGGAAAGCUGGACCCUGGAGACCUUCCCUCAGUGACGUGGCUGCUCGGACACGGCCUCCCCCUGCUCCUGCUGCAGUAGCAAUGCUGGUGCCCCCACGGAGCUGCAGUGAGGAUCUCUGGGCUCUGGCAGGAGCGCACCCCGCGCCGGUGCCCAUGGAGUGAGCGGUGCCCGGGGGGUGAGCGGGCACAGCAGGACGCUGAAGUUUGGCUGCCCCGGCCCCGCCAAAAUCCCUCCCCGUCCCUCCCGCGCCCCCCCCCCGCCUCUGCCAUGAAUGAUGCGUCGACGAUGGAUUAUGAACUGCUCUCGCCGUCCCUGGUGGAGCACCCGGCGGGCGCCGCGGGCAUGGACGCCGAGCAGAAAACUGUCUUUGCCUUCGUCAUCUUCCUCCUGGUCUUCUUGGUGAUGCUGAUGGUUCGCUGCUUCCGCAUCCUGCUGGACCCCUACAGCCGCAUGCCCGCCUCCUCCUGGACCGACCACAAGGAGGGCUUGGAGAGGGGCCAGUUUGACUAUGCCCUGGUGUAGAGGGCAGGGCUGGGGCGAGCCCGGGCGCUCCCCGUGCCCCCCAGCCCGGCCCCGGCCCCCCCUUCCCUCCGCGGGGAUGCUCCGGGCACCGCGGCGCUGAGCUCUGGGCCGGGGAGAGGUGGCGUGUCGGUGUGGGGGGGGAGUUUUCUAGGGGUUUCUCUCUUUUCUAAGCACUUUUCGGUUCUCUCUUUGCAGCCCGGGAGGGAGGGAUGGGGGGUGGGAGGGCUGAGCCGGCUCCGCGCGGUGCCCGCUGCCCGCCCUGCCCGCGGGGCACGAGGGGACGGGACGGGGCAUGGCGGGACCUGCCCUCGGCCCCCGCUCGGGGCGGCUCUGCCCGGUGCCACGGCAGAGCUUUGACCCUCUCUCCCCUUCCCUCCACUCCUCCUGCCCCUUCCCAAUCCGUCCCCCCCCGUCCGUGUCCCCCGGGGAGCGCUGCCCGUGGUCCAGCGCGCGUGUGUGUGUGUGUGUGUCCCUGUAGCUGAGCUGUGUCCGUCAGGGGGUUUCCAGGCACCAGACCCAAGUGCUGGCUUUGUUCCUCUCCGCGUGGCAGUCCCAAGAACACCCCCCCUAAAAAGGGAAGGGGAGGUGGAGACCCCCCGUGUGUGCAGCCCCCUUUUUUUGGGCCUCCAGCCCCGCAGCCGCUCUCUGCUUCCGCGGUGCCCCGUCCCUGCCCGGCUGGUGACAGUGGCCCUGAGCGAGGUGUGGCCCUGCUGGGAUUCCAGGAGGGAUCAAAGAUCCCACACAACGCCUGGGAGAUGCUCCUCAGCCAGCCCCGGCCUGGCAGCCCCCUCUCCCGGUGCCCCGUUCCCCGUUCCAGCAGGACCUGGGUGGCCUCUCCGUGCCCAGGGGGUCGCUGGGGGUGGCUGGCCCUUCCCUGGCCGUCCUGAUUUGGGGAAUCCGAGGGGCUGUGGAAGUAGACGAGGGGGAUUAAGGCUGUUCUGUCCAUGCCUGGGGAGCAGGGGUGCUCAGCUGGCCGCGGGGUGUGGCCAUGGGCCAGCAGGAGGGUUUGGAGCCCACGGGGGAGAGAGAAGCUCUGCCCCCUCCAUGGAAAUAAAGCUGCACUGUGCUAACCCCA